GUCAACAGGGCGGGUAGCGGAACGCACGUCCACGGCGGCCCGGGCUCCUCAAGGGGGCGGACGCGGAGGACCAGGAAGUCAGCGCGGGGCCCGAGGCGCCUGCACAAGUUCGCUGGGGCGGGAGAAAGCACCGGGACGCCAGGGGCGGCGAGGACGAGGGCUGAGACCCGCCUGGUGGCCGCAGGCCCAGGCCGGGCCCCACGCCGGGCGCACCGUCCCCGCGGUGCACUCAGGCCCGCGCCAUGCGUCUGGGGCGCGUGAGCAGCUUUAGGCUGGAGCUGGCGCGUGGCGGGUCGUACCGCGGCGGCGAGCGGCUGUGUGGCCGGGUGCUGCUGGAGGUGGCGGCGCCACUGCGUGUGCGAGGGCUGGAGGUGGUCGCCCGCGGCGGGGCUGCAGCGCAGUGGCUCGAGGGCCGAAGCGUGGGCGUCAACGCAGUUUCCAGCCACUUCGCAGCCGCAGAGACGUACUUACGGCGGCGACGGCUGCUGCUCCGAGAUACAGGAGAGACCACCACGUUGUCUGCUGGGCGCCACGAGUUCCCAUUCAGCUUUCAGCUGCCUCCGACACUGGUGACGUCAUUCGAGGGCAAACACGGCAGUGUCCGAUACUGCGUCAAGGCCACCCUGCACCGGCCCUGGGUUCCUGCCCGCAGGGCAAGGAAGGUGUUUACUGUUAUCGAGCCCGUGGACAUCAACACGCCCGCCCUGCUGGCCGCUCAGGCCGGAGCUCGGGAGAAAGUUGCCCGAUCCUGGUACAGUAACCGCCGUGGCCUGGUCUCCCUCUCAGCCAAGAUCGACCGCAAGGGCUACACACCAGGCGAGGUGAUCCCCGUGUUCGCUGAGAUUGACAACAGCUCCACCCGCCCGGUGCUGCCACGAGCAGUCGUGGUCCAGACUCAGACCUUCAUGGCCCGAGGUGCCCGCAAGCAGAAGCACGCAGUGGUGGCCAGUCUCAUGGGGGAGCCUGUGGGCCCCGGGCGGCGAGCGCUGUGGCAGGGCCGGGCGCUCCGGAUCCCCCCGGUGGGCCCUUCCAUCCUGCACUGCCGUGUGCUGCACGUGGACUACGCCCUCAAGGUCUGUGUGGACAUCCCGGGCACGUCCAAGCUGCUCCUGGAGCUGCCGCUGGUCAUCGGCACCGUCCCCCUGCACCCUUUUGGCAGCCGCUCGUCCAGCGUGGGCAGCCGCACCAGCUUCCUGCUAGACUGGGGGCUGGGGGCCCUGCCAGAGCAGCCCGAGGCCCCUCCGGACUAUUCAGAGGUGGUGGCAGAUGGUGUGGCAGCUGUGGGGCAGAGCCCCUUUCCACCACCUCAGGAGUCCGACAUGAGCCUUGAGGGCCCCUUCUUCACCUAUAUCCAAGAGUUCCGCUACCGCCCGCCGCCCCUGUACUCUGAGGAGGAUCCAAACCCCCCCUCGGAAGCCAUGAGGCCACGCUGCAUGACCUGCUGAGUGGAAGCGGGUACCUCGAGGGACAAGGUUGCACUGCACAUGCACUUCCAGCCACCGUGGACGUGGGCGUGGCUGGAUCCAGAACAGGCCGGCCCGACUGCAUCGGAGCUGGGAAACGAAGUCUUGAAACAGGACGGGGCUGUUCACACAGGGCAGAGGAAGGGCCAGUCUGGCAUCUGACUUAUCUGGUCUUUCUAAGGCAUCAAAUGCCUGGUGCAGGUCCAAGCGACUGUUCAGACUGUCUGUGCUGGCCUGUGGGCAGGGGCUGGGGUUCCCCCAGGAGCCUCCGGCCCGGAGAGACACAGCCAGACGUAAAUACUUCCAGUCUCACGGGACCAGAGGAAGACCCAGAAAAACCCAGAGCGGAAGCAGAGCAGGCUUCCUGGAGGAAAGGGCAUCUUAGCUAAGGCUUUGGCACAUGGAUAAGAGCUCAGCAGACAGGCAAGCAAGAGGGAGGAGAAGUCAGAGAAGGUCAGAGCUGAAUGAUGUUUGGAGAUUGCCCUCUUCUCCUUAGAACAGGGUUCAGAGGGCACGUGCCUCAGCUGAGGUCACAGGAACACGGAGUCACGGUCAGGGGAGCUGGGUGGAGCCUGUGGGGUGCAGUGGCAGAGACUCCAGCUUUUGAAGCCUCGGGAAGCUGGAGAUCCCUGCCCCAGGCAGGGACUGCCUGGGGGCUUCUCAGGGUGCGGUGGACUCGGAGCCAGGUUCAGAGCAGGAUAGACAAGACCUGCUACUUCCCUUGCAAAUGAAAACUCGGAGUCCUUGUUCAGGAGUACUAAGAAUUUCAAGAUAAUGACAGCAGAGCAUUCAACCAGGCCUUGGGGACAGAGAUCGCCCUGGGGUGACACAGCAGGGCCAGUGUGCCUCUGGAGACCCCUGUGUCCUGGCCUGGGCCUCAGCAUUUCUGAUAAGCCUUAAAUUAUUCUGUUUUGUACAAUUUUUUAAAAAUAAAAUUGUGGAGGAAGA